AUGGGUGAGCGUAAGAUAUUACUUUUCAUAUUCUUCGUUAUAUUUUAUUGCCUGUACAAUGUUAACAUGUGGUUUAUGACAAACAAUACGAAUGAGGUAAAGACAACGGCGGCGGAUUCAAACGAAAAGACUGUGCCCGGUGUAAAAUCGAACAACAUUCAGGCCAAAGUUGUAAAAACAAAACCGUUCCCUUUAUUUAUUAAAGAUUCUUGCAACGCUUUAGAAGUCUUUACUCGAAAACCGUUGCCGCUAGCAAAAAAAUCGAGAACCAAAGUUAUGUACAACGAAGAUAAUACUAUCACAGUGAUAGGAAUAACGGUAUUUCUAGUUGUAUUGGUGCUGAAUGCUCUGUUGGAUAUACUGAAAGUAAAAGAAGAGGAAAAGGCUAGAUUAAAGCUGAACCCAAAUGGCGAAAGAAGACAAUCGCUUGCAGAAUUUGCAAAUAAAAAAGUCUUGAGACGGGAGUCGAGUAAAUUUGGAAUUCAAUUGUUUCCAUUGGCUGAAUCUUCGGUAAGCUCUGAUGAAGAAACGAAAAGACGAAAAGAGAGUAAACCUUACAUGAGAGGAGAGUCAAUUAAUUCAUAUCUUAGUGAGAAAACAAAUAAAAGUGAUAACUCAGCGCCGGCGUCGAUCGGAGAGACUUCGACUGACAUCAAACAUGCUAAGAGGCAGUCAGUUGCUAAAUUAAUUGGAGCCCGCCCAGCUCCGAUGGUCCGUCGUUCAUCCUUCCCAGUUCUGCCAAUGAACCCUGAGAUCCACGCGCUCAUGCUGAGUGGCAGACAGUCAUCUAUUGACAGCGACGAAGAAAGUGAUGGCAAAGGAAAACGAGUCAGGAUUAUACGUAGAUUUUAA